CAAACGACGCUAUUCUAUGAUCAUUACAAUAUUUCUGUUAAUCCUUUCCGUUGGAAUCAGUGGUGCUGUACCUGUUCCUAGAGCAGCCGCCGGAGGCGGGAGCAAAGGGCAAUGGCAGCUUCUUCUGAGCAACACCGGCGUAGUGGCGAUGCACAUGGCACUCACCCACCACAACACUGUCAUAUUGUUUGAUCAAACGCAAUCAGGCCGGUCCGGGUACCGGCUCCGGGGACGUUCAAGCGGAGGAAGAUGCACCGGCAACUCUAGAGCUGAUUUGGACGACUCUUCAUGCUAUGCUCACUCCAUUGAGUAUGAUGUUUCCAGGAACAGAAUUAGGCCUUUGAGGCUUUCUACUGAUACAUGGUGCUCCUCGGGCUCUUUCUUGAGCAAUGGAACACUGCAACAAACCGGUGGCUAUGGCCGCGGCUCUCGACGCAUUCGAUACUUCCGUCCAUGUGCCGACCACGUAUGCGAUUGGAGGCAAUCAAAGAGAUCGUUGGCAGAUGAUCGCUGGUAUGCUUCCAAUCAAUUACUCCCCGGGCAUGAUCGAGCGAUAGUCGUCGGUGGAAGACGGGUAUUUACUUAUGAAUUUGUUCCGAAAAGGUCUCCUAGUGAAGGCUCUUUUAAUCUUCCAUUCUUGCACCGAACAUAUGACAGGGAUGCAGGAGGAAACAACCUCUAUCCCUUCCUUCACCUAUCUUCCGAUGGCAACCUAUUCAUUUUCGCCAACCGGGAUUCGAUCCUUUUCAAUUUCAGGCAGAAUAAGGUUAUCAAGACCUUCCCUCGGAUUCCCGGGAAUGGUUCAAGGAACUAUCCGAGCUCCGGCUCAUCGGUGAUUCUUCCGCUAGACCACAGAAACAAGUUCCAGAGGGUGGAAGUCAUGGUGUGCGGAGGCUCAACUAGAGGAGCUUUUAGAGCCGCUAAUGAAAGAAGAUACUUGAAGGCGUUGAGCUCCUGUGGAAGAAUGGUGAUCUCAGGGAACAGGCACAAAUGGAACAUGGAAUACAUGCCUGGUCCCCGUCUCCUAAACGACAUGCUCAUCCUCCCGACCGGCCAUGUCCUGAUCAUCAAUGGUGCAAGAAGUGGCUCCGCCGGAUGGGACAACGCAAGAAACGCUUCCCUCGAACCAUACCUCUACAAACCAAACGCUACGCUUGGGAGAAGGUUUUCAGUCCUGAGGUCCACUAGAAUAGCCCGAAUGUAUCAUUCGUCAGCCGUUCUUUUACCCGACGGGAGGGUCUUAGUUGCUGGCGGUAACCCUCACAAUAGGUACACGUUCAGAAACGUGCCCUACCCGACAGAACUUAGGUUACAAGCAUUUGUGCCGCACUACAUGGAGAGGCAAUACCAUACUCAUAGGCCGGAUAACGUGACGAUAAGCUAUGGUAUUGGCCAUCAUGGGCAGAUCGGUGUUAGACAUGGCGGAGACUUCAGCGUUGAGUUUUGGUUAGGGAGGAGGCCGAGCAAUGACGUGGAGUUCAAUGCUUAUGCGCCACCAUUCACAACACAUUCAAUCUCUAUGAACCAAAGGUUGCUAAAGCUGAGGUACAGGAGCAUGGUUAGGGCUGAAGAUGGACGGGUAAAUGCAGUUGUGGAGGCCCCUCCAUCUCCUAAUGUUGCACCCUCUGGUUAUUACAUGCUCACCGUAGUGAAUGGAGGAAUUCCUAGCAUAUCUCAGUGGGUGAAGUUCAUAAAUGCUUGAGGAAAUUUCAUGAUUAGUAAGAGAAAUUAAGCACCACUUUAAUUAAUUAUUAUGUGGCGUAAAUUCCCAUGA